ACAGAGAAAGGGGCAGAGACACAGGCAGAGGGCGAAGCAGGCUCCAUGCACCGGGAGCCCGACGUGGGAUUCGAUCCCGGGUCUCCAGGAUCGCGCCCUGGGCCAAAGGCAGGCGCUAAACCGCUGCGCCACCCAGGGAUCCCCAAGGAGAAUAUAUUUUGAAAUAUUUGAAACUUCGGUUCUUUAUUUUAGUCUCUUAAUCUUUUUUUUUUUUUUUAAGAUUUUAUUUAUUUAUUCAUUCAUGAGAGACACACACACACAGAGAGAGAGAGAGAGAGAGAGGCAGAGACACAGGCAGAGGGAGAAGCAGGCUCCAUGCAGGGAGCCCAAUGUGGGACUCGAUCCCAGGACCCCAGGAUCAUGCCCUGGGCCCAAGGCAGACGCUAAACUGCUGAGCCACCCAGGGAUCCCCCUUAGUCUCUUAAUCUUUAGAUGUUCAAGUAAUUCUUCUUUGAAGCCCAUUUUAUUCUGUGAUUCUUUUGUAAGAUUUGUAAUUUUGCUCUAAUUAGUUUGCAUCAGGAUGUUGGAUGUGGCUUGGACAAUGCAGUGGACCUGGCUGAUCAAGGAAGAUAAAGUGGAUGGGGAAAGGUCCUAGAGAUAGGCAAAGAGACUUGAUAUAAAACUGCUCAAGUUUUUAGCGAAUAUACUCGUGUUGCAAUGAAUGCCUCCUUUUAUAAGCUCCAACAGCUACGUUUUAGGAUGGGGAACAGCACAUCAUCAUCUGCAUCAGCACCUGCUCCUGUGAAUCAGAUUCAAGAAACAAUUUCUGAUAAUUGUGUGGUGAUUUUCUCAAAAACAUCUUGUUCUUACUGUACAAUGGCAAAAAAACUUUUCCAUGACAUGAAUGUUAAGUAUAAAGUGGUGGAACUGGACAUGCUUGAAUAUGGAAGCCAAUUUCAAGAUGCUCUCUACAAAAUGACUGGUGAAAGAACUGUGCCGAGAAUAUUUAUCAAUGGAACUUUUAUUGGAGGUGCAACUGACACUCAUAGGCUUCACAAAGAAGGGAAAUUGCUUCCACUAGUUCAUCAGUGUUAUUUAAAAAAAAGUAAGAGGAAAGAAUUUUAGUGAUGUAUGUGCUCAUAAGGUUGCUAGUAAACUGAUAACGCCUGAUAAUGCCUUUUAAAUGUUUGAGAAUGUUUUAAAUAUGUAAAUAACCUUCAUGAAAAAGUUGUAAAACUAAUGAACAAUAAAUUGUUGUGGAAAUCUC